AUGCCUUCCGAAGACACUCCUCUCCUCAAUGACGCCGACGGCACGGCCUCCGCCGCCGCCGCUGCCAAGGCCAAGCGCUCCAAGAUCCGCGAGGCCGUCAUCUUCGCCUGGGCGCUGAUUUCCACGGCCGCCUUCAUCAUCAUUGCCGUGUGGGUGCAGCACAACCACCAGACCCAGCCGUCACCCUCACCGCCCGCCGCCGCCAAGCGCAACCUCGUCUUCAUGGUGUCGGACGGCAUGGGCCCGGCGUCGCUGGCCCUGACGCGCGGCUACCGGCAGCACGUCGAGCACCUCGACCACGGCCACGUGCUGACGCUCGACCGCCACUUCUGGGGCACCAGCCGCACGCGGUCGUCCAGCUCGCUCGUCACCGAUAGCGCCGCCGGCGCCACGGCCUUUUCCUGCGCGCGCAAGAGCUACAACGGCGCCAUCUCGGUGCUGCCCGACGGCCGGCCCUGCGGCUCCGUCCUCGAGGCCGCCAAGCGCGCCGGCUACACGACGGGCCUCGUCGCCACCACGUACGUGACGGACGCGACCCCGGCGUGCUUCGCCGCGCACGUGCCUCGCCGCGAGAUGAUGGACGACAUUGCCCUGCAGGAGGUCGGCCAGGGCGUCCUCGGCCGCAGCGUCGACCUCAUCAUGGGUGGCGGCCGCUGCUACUUCUUGCCCAACAGCACCGAGGGCGGCUGCCGCCAGGACGACGUCGACGUCACCCGGGUCGCGCGGGAGCAGCACGGCUGGACCUAUGUCGACUCGCGCAAGGCCUUUGACGCCCUCGACGGCGGCAACAAGGUCAAGCUCCCGCUCCUCGGCCUCAUGGCGCCACUCAACGUGCCCUUUGAGCUCGACCGCCGCACCCGCAACGACACGUACCCGAGCCUCAAGGAGAUGGCGACGACGGCGCUGCGCGCCCUCGAGCGCGCGACCCAGAAUACCGAGCAAGGCUUCUUCAUCAUGAUUGAGGGCAGCCGCAUCGACCACGCCGGCCACAUCAACGACCCGGCCGCGCAGGUCCACGAGGUGCUCGCCUACGACGCCACCUUUGCCGCCGUCCUCGACUUCAUCAACGCCACCGACACCGAGACGGUGCUCGUCGCCACCUCGGACCACGAGACGGGCGGCCUGGCCACCGCCCUGCAGCGGCCCGACGAAAGGGAGGCCACGUACGACUGGUACCCGGCCGUGCUGGACCGCGCGACCGCCUCCUGCGAGCACCUCGCCGCCAAGCUCAAGGCGCGCGUCGCCGAGACGGGCAAGGCCGCAUCGGGGCUGCGAAAGUACAUCAAGGACGAGCUCGUGGUCGCGGGCCUCGGCGUCCCGGCCAGCGAGGUUCCAGACGCCGACCUCGACCGCCUCGUCGCCGCGGCCGCCGCCGGCGACAUUGAGCGCGCCAAGAACAUCUUUACGGAAAUCAUCUCGCACCGCGCGCGCAUCGGCUGGAGCACGCACGGCCACACCGCCGUCGACGUCAACAUCUACUCGUCGGGCGGGCCCGGCACGCACGCCAUCCGCGGCAACGUCGAAAACACAGAGGUCGGCGACUUCCUCCGGCGGUACCUGGACGUCGACGUCGACGCCAUCACCGCGGAGCUGCAGGCCAAGAGCCGCCGCAGCGACGAGAUUGCGGGCGUCAUGACGGCGCGUGGCGGUGCGUUUGACGAGUACCACGGUACAUUGAAGAAUUAG